AUGGGGAUGAAAUACACAGUGUUUGGGACUCCAAAGACUACACCAAAGAAGAAGACAGUUAGUAAGGGAACCACCCCUAGAAGAUCCCCAAGGCUAAAUAGUGUGGAUAAAUCAGUUGAAGGUGCAUCAAGAAAGCUGAGUUUCAUGGAUGUGCCCAUGUCCAAACAUUCUCAGGCUAGUAGCAGUGGUUGCAGUCAGUCAAAAGCUACAAAUGAAGUUAAGUUUGUUGAAGAUGUGGACAAUAUUCAGCUGGAAAACACCAAAGAAGAUGAAUAUCACCCAACUGAGAAUCCAGAAGCUCCUCCAGUAUAUGACAGUGAUGAAGACAUUGAGUAUGGGUCAGAUGAAGAAGAACAAGAAGAGAAAGAAGAAGAAGAAGAAGAAGAAGCAGAAAAAGAAGGCAAAGAAAAAGGUAAGGAUGUGGAUGAAAGACCUGCUUACAUGGAUGACUUUGAUGAUGAUUUUGGUCAGUACAUGAAGGGUGAGCAUGAUGUAGAUCUUUUCCCUGAAGAAGAAGUUUUUACUCCAGUAGAUCCUAGCAAAAUGGAGCAAUGAAGACUUCAUCUGAGACCCAUUUAAAACCGUCACAAUCUGUACAAGUGAGGUUUGAUUUUGCAGUGGGCAGUUUUUGAAGCAAUGACCAGAUUCUCCGCAAGCGUAACAACCAUUCUCUACUGGUAAUUUCACCAUCUUGCAUUUGACAGGAUCGAUGGCAUCGUCAAACCAUUCAAAGUACUGACAGGUUGGAAUUGAACACUUCAAAAACAUUUUUUUCGUUUGUUUCUUUUGCUUUUGAACACAAUAGUUGCCUUAUACCAUUACAUGGUAUAUAUUUGCACCUGGAAUAAAUCCAAGGACAUACCUUUGGAUCAUGAAUUCCCU